CAUGUUCCAGGUCAGUGAUUCUGGUAAAUCCCAGAUAAAUACUGCUUGGUGUUCAGUUCUUAAGGGAUAAGCUGAUGGAAAACAGUUCCUACUGAAGAAAACCAUGAUUCGGUAUUCAGUGUUGAUUGCUUUCUUCUUGCCCUGCCUUAAUAUGGCACAGGAUAUGAAUCAACUGAGAGGCGAGAAAUUUUCACAUGAACUUCAAAGAAUGGAUUUAUAUGGGAUUGGAGCUCCAGAUCUCCAGGCCUAUUACGAUAAACUCACAUACUACAAUACUACAGACAAAGGAGCCGACAUUGUAAAGAAGAUGGCAAACAAUUUACAGCAGAUGUUUGAAACAAUGACAAAUCAACUAAAGAAAGUUAAAGGAGCCAUAGAACAACACUUUAACGAUUUUAGUACAACUCCUCAGAACAGUUUUUCACAAUGUUGUAAAAUCAAUGGAACAUAUAACCCAAAAUUUAGGACAGAGGUAUUAGAGACAAAUGCAUGUAUUUCGCGAUCUUUUACUUCAAACCGUUUCCCAAACAAAAAAAUUGAAGACGUAAUGAAAGAAAACUAUCAAAAUAAUCCAACUUUAUUAUGGCAAUACUUUGGAGGGAGUGAUGGAACUUUUCUCAUCUUCCCGUCCCAUAGAUUCAGCGACAAUUGUGUUUCCUAUGACCCGAGAUCUAAGCAAUAUUAUGUGGCAACAGCGGCUAACAAACCAAAGGAUGUCGUAGUAGCAGUAGAUGUUUCCGGGGUGAUGGGCAUGCGCAGUAACCACGAAUCCAUGACAUUGUUCACAGUGGCCCGUAUGGCUGUCGAUGACGUAAUUAAUACGCUUAAUCCAAACGACAGGAUUGGAUUGGUUGUUUUUAACAACACAGCUAGUAAGCCUCCGAAAUGCCAUCGUUCUCAGUUAGCAAAGGCGACGACAACAAACAAAGAAAUGCUGCGCCAGUUUGCCGCUUCCUGGACGUUUGGGGGUCAAUCAAAUUAUAGCGAGGGAAUUAAGGAGGCGUUCUCAUAUUUUGAUAUCAACGAAACAAAAUCUCAAGGGAGUUCUAGAGAAUCCAUCAUAUUGUUCUUGGCUGCUAGUAAUUCUGAUGCUGAUCCAUUAGAUGUUAUUAAAACUGAAAACGAGGCUCGUAAUAACUCUGUUAUCAUUUUAACAUAUUCAUUUGGAAAAGAUAUCAAUUCUUACUGGAAGGAAGUUUUAACAAACAUGAGCAAACAAGUUAAGAACGAUAAUUCAUAUGGACAGAUAAAGGAAGGCACAUACACUCAUGUUGAAGAAGACUCUUUAGUCCAUUCUAAGAUGGCUUCCUUCUACGAAGAUCUUUCAAUCGCCAAUUUGGGUGACGAACCGGUGUUUUCUGUCCCUUAUGUAGAUAAACGUUCUAAUAACACCGGACUAAUAACAUCACUUUGUCUCCCUGUGGACAUAUCCGGGGAAUUAGUAGGAGUCACAUGUACAGAUAUUCUCCUGGACGAAUUGCUCUCCGAUAUAACAAAUUUCAAGCAAGGAGAGCUCUCUUACGCAUUUAUGAUAGACGGUCAAGGCCGGGUAAUGGUGCACUAUUUGCAGCCAACACCAAAUGCUAUCACCAUUAAUCCAGAUCCUAUUGAUAUUUAUAAAUUAGAAACAAGUCAGGAAGCAAAAUCAAUGAUUGAGUCAAUGAAAAGAGGAGAGACUGGCAACAAAACAUUUGAAUACUUUAGAACGAUAUCGAGAGGAGUUUUAGAAUACGAGGGGAUUGAAGUGAGAGUAGUAGAGGCAGAAUACAGCUGGAGAAAGGUUCCUGGUACAAAUUUCUCAUUGUGCGUUGUACUUGGAAAAAAUGACCAACAAAGACGUUUACGACAAAAUCAAGAACUGUUACUGAUCAACGGAAAUGAAGUGUUCUUUUACCACAGACUUGACCUAAAUAGCAAACGUACUCAGAAAUGUAGGGAAUAUGAUCGUUAUUCCACAAAAGAACAUUCAAUGGUUAUGCUGACAUCUCAUGCCUUCGAGACACCUUACGAGUACCUUUAUCAGAAAGAAACGCAAACCGAUGUUACCAUGUAUACAGAAUACCUCAACAAUGUGGUAGAAUAUCAAACAAAUCGGUAUCUAAAACUAAAGGCAAAUGUAAAAAGCAGUAUUCAGGCAACAUUUGAGGCAGAACAAAUCUGGAAAAGAAAUCAGGAACAAUCUAAGUUUGUAGUUUGGCGCUACUUGGGGACACGUGAUGGUCACGUGCGAGUUUAUCCAGCCGUGGAGAUUGCAAAGAAUUAUGAUCAUUUCACAAGACCUUGGUGGAGAAGAACGCUGGCUCAAAAGGGCAAAUUUGUUGUUAUAUCCCCAUACAAGGAUAACUGGGGAGCUGGCCUUAUAGUGACUCAGUGUAAAGCUGUAUACGAAGGGAGGAGAAGUGGAUUGCACUCAGAGGCUGAUAUUGUAGAUGUUGUUAUGUGUGUUGAUUAUCCGUACCCGUAUUUCAGCCGCAUGUUCUUGAACACCAACCCAGAAUGCAACAGUAAUGAAUACCGUUGCAUGGUAAUUGACAGAAGUGGUUUUCUAGUAAUUUAUCCAAGUUUCUCUGAUGCAACCGAUGAAAGAGACAUUAAAAUGAAACACUUAGGAUCAAAGGAAAAGAAUACUAUGGUUAAACUUCUCCAAGACAAGAUUAUCGAAAGAGAAAGCUGUUUCGAUAUAGAAACCAAAAAGCAGUUCUUUUCUUAUCGUGUACUUCCUCUGGAUAAUGCUGAGCCCGUGGAUAAGCUUUACACCAGGGGAUAUAAGAUUGUACCUGUGCAUAAGAGCAACAUUUACAUCAUCGUGAUAAAGAUAGACAUUUCUAGCAAUAGCCCAGAUAGCUGUUGUAUGGUAUCAAACGUGUCUCCACUAGAGAACAAAUGCAGAGAUGAAGAAUCGGAUUGUUGUUUGUGUUACAAAGUCGUACCAUAUGAUUCGUGCCAAGAAAAAACAACAUCAGGGCAGUCAUACCAUAUAUGUAGUGCUAGAUUACCAGACGAAAACACUGAAUUUGCGAACGAUACGGAUAAAAUUAAAACCCUGAGUCCUUGCUUUGAUGCUGGAUGUGAUUACCGAAAAGACGAGGAAAAUUGUUACAAGGUGGCAGGAUGCAGCUGGUGUAAAAAAGACGAGUUUGGGGUUGAUUUUUCACCCGACAAACAGUGCUGCAAUAUCUUUGAGACAUGUCCUUUUGGAAAAGUGCAAAAAUCAAAAAAGUCACGAUGCAGUUCUGUUAAACGGGAGACGCCUUCCCCUUCUUCAACAAGCAAUGAAACUUUGAUUGGUGCAGCGAGUGGAGCAGGGUUAGCUGUUAUCUUGGUCGUUAUCAUAAUCAUUGUCAUCUGCAGAAAUCGAAACAAAGCAAACAGCGAGAAUACAGGUUACCUUACGGCAGUUAAUGAUAAUGCAGGUUAUGCCAGGGCAGGUGAAAUCAACUAUCUCCAUGAGGAAACGGAAAAUGCUCAUCACUUAAACCAAUAUGCAGGCAUGGGUAAUUCUGGCGAUGGAAGUAUAUCUAUACGGUCGGCGCAGAAAUCUUCUCAGAGAAAACAAAUGUAAUCUGCCAAUACCAAAAACUAUUAUUAUGUGUAUGUUAUAUUAUUUACCUGAUGUGAUUUUUCUUGAUAUACAAUUUUCAAAGUGCCUUGGUGAAUGAUAUGUUCAUUAAUUAACUCCACCCGAAAUGGAAAAUGCUACAGUAACAGCUCGACUUGUGUUUGCCUUUCAUAAUAAUCGAAUAAAGACAUUGUUCUAGACACCUGAAACUAAACAAUGCCAAUUAGAUAAUGUGGUGUAAUAGACAUUUGUAAGCAAAAUACACACAAUGCAUGUAUUGAUUUUGGUAAGAAACCUCACAAUUGUCUUUUCAAUGUUUACAGUCUUUCUUGCAUGUACAAUUUAUACUUAUAGAUAAAGGCAUUUUGCAAAUGAACUACAAAAUGCCUGCACCAGAGUACUUGCUUACACAUUUGGUAUUCUAACACGUGUGAUGAUGUCCGUAAGGUACAACUGAAUUUUAACUGAUAAGUUAUUAUUGUGAAAUAAAUCAAAAACCUACUUUCAUUUUCGAUGAACAAACCUGAAAUAGCAAAAAUGAGAGUAAGGUUGUGGACACGCUUUGGCGGAUCCAAGUCAGGCAUAGUUUCGAUCAAAAUAUAACUUUUUUUAAAAUAAUUAUCUGCAUGCAAAUGAAUAAUAAUGAAUAUUCAGCGUGUUUUAAUUUCAUUUUCAUACCACGACAGAUUGGUUGUAAACCCUAGACAUUAAUUGUAAACAUUAAGGAACAGAUUAUUGUAUAUUACGUUUAUUUGGAUAAAUGAUAUAAGCAUAAAACUGGGGAGUUUAACGUGGAUGCCCUCCCCCCGCCCUCCUCCAAAUUGUUUUUAUCUUAAAUUCUUAUUUUGGACAGUAAUAGAAAUUAUAUUGAAAAUUGACCUAAAGAACAAUUUUCAAACUUAAGAGAGAGAUACACUAAAUAACCAUUCACUGGUUUGGAAUAAAUGCAUCUAAAAAGUUUGUUUUCUUUAUUUCAAUUUUAAAUAAUGUUAAACUGUUAAUAUUCCCGCGGUAGCACGGGUAACCAUUUAGUCUUUCAAAAAGGUAAAAUCCAUAUAUUGGGAUAUUGUUGAGAGCGUCAACAGGUUGUUUUUAACUAUGGAUCUUUAGACAGUUGGCAUUAAAAUCCUGAUUACCCGAAGCUUGACCAUAGGUCAUAUCCUGAUAAUUAUAAAUUCAGAUAUGUAAAUUAUAAUUUACAGUCGUUACAUGUAACUAUAUGUAACAUAUUGUAAACAUAGUUUCACAAAUGAUUGGUGUUUUAGUGUUCAUUAUAGCUAAAAUUUCUAAACUAUGUUUUCUCAAGUUGGGAAAUAUUUACGGACUGAUAAUUUCCGCUGUUUAAAAUUGAUCCUGUCUUGCAUGUACACUGUAUUUGUACGUAUAUAUUAUAUGUUUUCUAAUGUAAACAUACAUUUCGAUUUAUUUUUAUAUUUUAUUUUUAUAUACUUGCUUUGAUUACUAAUAUGUAUAAUUUAACUACCGCUGAUUUGAUUGUAAUUGAUAUUGAACAGCA